UGGUGAUUAAAUAAAUAAAAUAGAACUCACUCUUUUCAUGUGAAACAAGGUAGGAUCUGGAUCUGGAUAUAUGAUGCGCAGGGCACCCGUACAGGUGCAUAACAUGCAUAUUUGUUGGGUGUUGGGGGGACGGGGGAGCCGGGUGUGCAGGGGAGGGAAGUGAAUCAAGUGUAAUUGUUAAGUGUUGGUGUGUUGCGGUGACAAGUGAUUGCGUAUUUGUUUUGUGAAUGAGUCUAUUGUAUUGCAGUCUAAAAUCUGAUGAGGGAGGUUGUUCCAGUCACGUAUGGUGCGUGGAAAGUAUGAGGUGCAGCUGCAUUCCUUAACUUCAUUGCUAUCAAUUUUCAAAAUAUAUAUAUAAAGGGAACAAGAGAUCCAGAAUGACAAGAUAUAUGCUAUGAGACGAGUAAGAUUUGUCUAGCUUGAGGAUGACUUCAGCCAAUAUAAUACCAAAGAUUCAGAGUAUGUAAGACUUCAGUUCUUCAUAUAAUUCACAUAUUCAGCUCUUCCCAACAAGGGGGCUUUGCACACCUUGACCCCUUUCUGAGGCAUUAAAAGAAAGGUGAAUAAACCUAAACCUCCUAGGACCUUUAAAAACGAGCUCGACUGUCACUUCCUUCAACUUAAUAUCAACUCGUUGAAGUGCAACGUUUUGGAGCCACCUGAUUAAUGUAGAGGCUUAAGGACAGACCACCUAGUCUGGACCAUGGGGUCUGUGUGGUCCAAUUUUCUAUGUAAACCUAUGUAAACGAGAGCUCUGAGUCUUGAGGGCCCCUCCAUCCACUUGUCUCCACAUUAAGCUGCAAUGGGCCACUCGCCCCCCUCAAGCUACGGUUAAACUAUAUAGUCACUGUUGCCCUUGGGCUGGAAGCCAGCCUUAUGCCUGGUGUACAUGGCAAGUGUUCACAGCCUUCACCCGCCUGAGGAUUGGCCACACCCGCCUCAACGCCCACCUGCACCCAGGACCCACACUGCCCAUGGUGCCCCACACCUCCUCCUCCGCUGCCCAAAAUUCCACUCCCUCUGCACCAACCUUACACAGAAGUUUGCCCAGCCUCGCCCCGAGUCCAGCCGCCUGCGCCUCUCCCGUAACACCUGUCUGACUCUCCAACGGGUCACCUUUGGGCUAGAGCAACAAAGCACUAGUCAGGUUGUGCCGAUAUUAAAGCCUGACUUUCCGAAGGGUCCCCUGUACAGCAGAACGACAACCAUGGAUAUGGGAAGCAAGGAGGACGGGGCCAAUAUUGUUGAGGCCCUGAUAGCUUGUUAUGAAGCAUACAAAUAUAUGGAGGAGAGAGACAAGAGAGAGAACAAACGAAGAAGAGAAUGGGUGAGGCCGUUGUUGCGCAGGAAAUCGAAAAAUGUGUUCAACAACCUGCUGAAGGAGAUGUGUUUGGAAGAUUCUCAUGCUUUUCAAGAAUUUCACAGAAUGUCAAGAGAAAACUUCACAGAACUACUGAGACUAGUGUCACCUCGAAUCAAGAGACAAGACACGAAGCUCAGAGAGUCGAUAUCACCUGCUCAACGCCUGUCACUUACACUUCGAUAUUUGGCCACAGGAGAAUCUCGGCGCUCCCUAGAGUUUCAGUAUAGGAUAAGCCACAGCCUGAUCUCCAGUAUUAUACCUGAAGUCUGUGAUGCCCUAUAUGCAACCCUGAAAGAAACAUACCUGAAGCUUCCCACAUCUUCAAGUGAAUGGCAAGAAGUGGCCAGCACCUUCAGCACUGCAUGGAACUUCCCUAACUGCCUAGGAGCCCUUGAUGGAAAACGGUUUCUUGCAAUAAAGUCAUCAAAUUCUGGCUCAGAAUACUAUGAUUACAAGUCCCAUCACAGUGUUAUUAUGCUAGCCCUAGUUGAUGCGGAGUACAAGUUUUUGUAUGUUGAUGUUGGUGCCCAGGGGCGUGCAAGUGAUGCUACUAUGUGGGAAAAAUGUAACCUUAGAAAAUACUUGGAAGAAAAAAAGCUUGAGGUACCAGGUGACGCAUCAUUGCCUAACUCGGAUUUACAAUCGCCUUACGUGAUUGUUGGCGAUGAUUGGUUUCCACUGAAAACAUACUUGAUGAAACCCUACCCAGGGAAAAACCUGACUGCUGACCGAAGGAUUUUCAAUUAUAGGUUGUCUCGUGCAAGGCGUGUCUCGGAAAAUGCAUUUGGUAUACUGGCAGCAAAGUUUCGUGUCUUCCAACAGCCUAUAAACUCAAAGCCAGAAUUUGUCAAUAAGAUCAUAUUUGCAGCUGUUGUUCUCCAUAACUUCCUGCGAGCAAAUUGUAAAGCACCCCUGCCUUCUGAAAUUAUGGGAAGGGAGGACACUGAAAAUGGGAUUAUCAUUCCGGCAAGAUUGCAAGAGGUAGGGGGAUUUGAGAGACUGCAAGCAGUUGGCAGGGGACAUGCAAAUGAGGCUAAAACUGUAAGAAAUAACUUCAAGAACUACUUCAUGACCAAUGGAAAAGUUGCAUGGCAAGAGAGAAUGGCUCUCCUACAUUAAUGUCUCAAGAACGUACAUUUCUGUGGAUUGUAGUAGCACACAGUAAAGUAGCAUGGCAAGAAAGAGAAUGGCUCUCCUACACUAAUUUUUCUAGACCCUAUUAUCUUGCUUAUUUUGGUAGCAUCCUUUGGUGCAUAAUUUUAUUGUUUGGUUUGAGUGGUGUAUUUUUAAGAUAAGUGAAUAAGUGAAUAUUAAUAAAGCAUCAGUCAGAACAUUGUCAGAUUAUCAUACCACUUGAUAACAGUUUUAAUGAGUUCAUUGUACUGUAAUUGUUACUUGUAUUAUGGGACAAGCUCAUUUACUUAUCUAUUACAUAGUAAUGAACAUUAUGCAACCUCUCAUCACAGGAGUCAUGUAUCAUCUUCUGGUAUGCAUUUCUAGUACUUCUGCAUUGCCGUGCCCCUGAAGACGUUUGCAGCCAUGGAAGAGCAUUCCUUUCUAUCUCUAGUCAUCUGCAGCAGUUCAGUGGCACUGGGCAUAUUUCCUUUCUCUAUUUUUUCUUUAUUGCUACUGUUACAUCUUUCCUCUUCAUUAAUCCAUUCUUUUUCAUAAAUUUUCUUCCCAGGAACCUGCUUGAAUUUAUUAUACAUCAUGUCAAAAUCCUCUACCUCAACACAUUUUAUGUUGAUACA